CAGCUGGUUUCUCAGAGCCUCCAGUCUGUUUUCUCCUCACACACACACAUUCAGACGCAUGAUAUGGUCCAGGGCACUCAGCUGUGCAGAUUUCUCUUAGAGGGGUCGAGGAGCAAUUGUCAAGACAUGGAUUUUAGCCAAAAGAAGCAUUGAAAGCCCCUCCACUGCUUGGACUGGACGCUCAACCAUUUUGAGCUGACCUUGGAAAACUGAAAGGAGGGAAGUCAAAUUGGGUGACGCAAGACUACAUCCAGUUCCAUAAUGGCAAUCCCAAAUGACCUAUCCCUUUUCAACUCCACCUCCUCCCCUUAUUCAACAACAGAGAUCCAUCUGAACACCUCUCUAGCCCCAUCUGGUCUCCUCUGCACAGAUUGGCCUCCUAUACCCAUGACCACAGUCAUCCCUACCAUCUACAGCGUUAUCUGUGUGCUGGGAACCGUAGCCAACGCCCUGGCAGUGUGUGUUUUGGCUCAUGCCAGUGCCUCAAGGAGAACUGUCGCAAACACUUUCAUGCUGAACCUGUGUGUGUCUGACCUCCUGUUCCUGCUGUCUCUCCCGCUGUGGGCCAUCUACUACUCCCAGGGAUACAACUGGCCCUUUGGCUGGGUUGCCUGCAAAGCCUGUGGAGCGCUCCACAACCUCAACCUCUACGCAUCGAUUUUCUUUAUCACAAGCAUGAGCGUGGACCGCUACUUGGCCAUUGUGCAUCCGCUCCGCUCCCAGAGUGCUCGAGACCCCAAACGUGCACGGCUCACAUGCAUCCUAGUGUGGCUCCUUGCAUGUGCUUGCUCAGCCCCUGCCUUGUAUCUGAGGGAAAUUUACUACCUCGAGGGGCUUGGUGUGGAGGCCUGUGUGAUUAGAUAUCCUAAUCAUACCUGGUAUAUGACCCUGGCCUGGAUGAAGAUUGUUCUGGCCUUUCUGCUGCCGCUGCUCGUCAUCACUUGUUGCUACUAUGCUAUCGGUAGACAUCUGAUGGCUGAUACGGGGCUGGUAAGAAUGCAGAACCCCCCCAACAUGUUCUCUGUUAAAUCCCAGGAGAGCUGCGGUAGAGCAGAGAGACCCCCGACCCCCUGUGUGAGCCCCAGCUCCAGCGCGGGCAGAACCCUUGAGGGCAGGGGGCUAGAGCGUGUGUUGUGGACAGUAGCUGCUGUGGUCCUGGCCUUCUUCCUAUGCUGGUUCCCUUUUCACUGUGUGACCUUCUUGGACGUACUGAAGAGCGAGGGUUGGUUGGACAGCUGCUGGGUAAACUGGACUAUCCACAACCUCACCCCUCUCACCCUCUCCUUGGGCUUCUCCAACUCGGCCAUCAACCCCUUGCUCUACUGCUUCAUUGGAAACCAUUUCCGGGGCCGUCUCGGGGGUCUCUGCAAGGGUCUGUGUGCUUGUUUGAAGGCCCGUGGGGAAGAUCACAGCCAGAAGAGGGGCUCUUUCAGCACAAGGCUGAGCUCCUUCUCUCGAAAACUCAGUGACCUGAAAGACCUGGCGAUUGUGGAGCCCUCUGGUCCUGCCUAGCCAGCCUACAGAAGGGAGACUUUCUUUGCCCUCCACUGGCUUCACACCCCAAGGAGCGAUACCAACAUCAAAUGACUGCUGAAAAGCAUGGAUGUGUGAGAUGGAGCUGUUACUAUAACUGACAGCAGAGCUUAAUGCUGCCCUACAAAGACAGAAAAAAAGUAACUAAAGACAAGAUAAAUCUGAGAAAAAACGGUUUAAAGUUCUGAGACUGGUUGCCAAACUGUGCAACGAACAGAUAAAUUAUAAAUGUAAUGCCUUUAUUGCUACAGCAGGCAGCUGUUUUUAUUGAAAAAGCUCAAAGCCCACUGUACACUAUACCCGCUCAGCACAAAACAGCAGACAGAUGACUAGCCAGUGAACAUAGUGGAGCAUUUAGCAGCUAAAGAGACAGAUAUUUCCCUCGGGACUUUGUGUAGACCAAAAACAAAGUUGAAAGAGGAUGAAUAUUGGACUUACUGUACAUUAACAAAUGUACACAAACACUUAAAAUGAAUGAGAUUGUUGCUUUAUAUAGAUGCAACUAUUUUCUAUCAAAUUCCUCAUCUCAACGUAAGAGGAUGAGACCAAACAGUUGAUCAACAAUCAGUUAUUGUAGGAUUAUGGAUGCAGAAGAAAAACUUAAAUCUGUAGGAAGUCAAGGCAGAGAUGGAAGUUAGAUACUCUGCUAGGUUAGUAAUAUUUGGCAGGACUCAACAGCUCCUGUUGUUUGUUUUUGUUUGUUUCUUUAUCGUGGUUGGCUCUAGCUACUGCCUCAUUUGGGAUGAUACAUUUAAUUACAAAGAUGUUGGAUGGUCAAUUUCUCAAGAAACAGGUAUUAAAGAGACAGCUUUAAUUUUAAGGUGAGCUUUUUAGUUCUGCUUUAUAGUUUUGCAAACUAUGAUGUUUCCUUAGAAAUUCUACAUUUCUAUGGCAUAAUAAUUUUUAAUAUGGUAAAACAAAUAACGAAAUUUAGAUUCACAAGGACCAGUGUGUAAUAUUUAAUGGCAUCUAGCAGUGAAGUUGCACUAGAGCUCAGCCUUCCAAGUGUGUAGGAGAAACUGCAGAGGUUGGAAACUCACAAAGAAUGCGUAAGGCCCUGUCUAGAGCCAUUGUUAGGUUUGUCCUUUCUGGGCUACUGUGCUUCUACUCUGUAGAAGAGGACAGAUGUAGAUAAAACAUAUGUUGUAGAUGAAAAUUGCUCAUUCUAAGGUAAUGAAAGUACAAUUCUUAUACACCAAUGAAAACAUACAUAUGAGUAUAAUAUUCCAAUAGAUUCUCCUAAAUGUUACACACUGGACCUUUAUCUCUACCUUGUCUGAAUGUGUAGCUACUGCAUUUUGGCUUUGUAGGGCAGAACAGGCCAAAACAUAAAUAAGAUAGAGAUGUAUAACUAUUAUAAUUAUUAACCAGUCAUAACAAUGCUACUUUUACUGUUAUCUUUGGGACAAGAUAUUAUAUGUGUAAUAAUGUAACAUGUAACAUUAGCAUUUUAUUAUUCUGUAUGGACAGUUUAAUGAAAAAAGGAAAAUGAAAAUUCCUGCAUUUCUUUGACUUAAUAAGAAAUAAAGUGAACAAUAUUUCCCUGAAA